GGAGGCCAUAGAGAGGGGGCUAGAGCGGCCUAACCAUUCUGCUUCGUUCUCACAUAAUGGCUUCGAACUGAGGCCUCGAGUUGCUUUCCCCUCCCCCCUUUGAUGUGUGCUGACGGAAUAAAACUGGAACUCUUGCCUCUCGAACGGCCAAAGCAAACUGUCCACCAUAGAGAGGCAAGGGGCAGAGCGUCGAGGUUUUUACCAGAGGCACGUGACAGAGCGUCGACACAUCACAGAGCCAGAUGGUCGGGGCUUUUACCACAGAGAGGCAAGGGGCAGAGCGUCGGGGCUUUGAGCAUAGAGAUGGAAGGGACAGAGUGCCGACACUUACCAUAGAGAGGCAAGGGGCAGAGCGUCGGGGCUUUUACCAGAGAGACAAGGGGCAGAGCGCCGGGAUCUCCCCCACAGAGUUAUGGGGCAACAUAGAGAUGCAAGGACAGAGUGCCUGGGCUUUUACCAUAGAGAGGACAUGCCCCAAGGAUGGAGUGCUGAAGAGUAACUACCGCAUCAGUUUAAAAAGGAAAGAGACUGGAGGAGGUUUCCAAGGCUGGCAACCAGUGGCCGAAGAAUGAAGCUCAAGUAUGGCAUCCUUGGAAUGCUGUACUUUGUCCAGGGAAUACCCUACGGUCUGCAGUCCGGACUGCUGCCCAUCUACUUCCGAAUGGUGGGCCUCUCCUUCACCAAGAUUAGCCUGACAAAGGUCCUUUAUGCACCUUGGAUGUUCAAGGUGAUGUGGGCACCUUUGGUAGACCAUUAUUUUGCCAAGAAGACCUGGCUGUUGCUCACCAUGUGGGGUUUGGUUCUGGCCUGCCUGGCUUGCUCUCUAAUGACACCAGAGGUCAACUUCCUCCCCGUGGCCCUUAUCUUCCUCUUCAUGAACUUCUGUGCCUCCAUUCAGGACAUAGCGGUGGACGGGGUGGCCAUCCAGUUCCUGGACUUCGAGGAGAUUGGCUACGGCAACACCAUCCAGGUUGUGGCCUACAAGCUGGGCUCUGUAAUGGCAGGAGGUGGCCUGGUGGCUUUCCUCUAUCACCUGGGCUGGAGUGCCAUCUUUGUAUACCUGGCUGUCGUCUUCACCUUGGCCAUCAUACUCACCUCGAUUUCUGACCUGAAGUUAAGACAGGGGCGUCCAUCUGUGGACAGCUUCAUCAGAGUUGGCACGGUGAACCCCUGGAGCAUCCUUCGAGAGCUUUUUCAUGUUCCAGACACUCGUUGGACUGCUUGUUUUGUCUUCAUUUACAAGCUGGGUGAACAAGGCUCCAUUUCCAUGUUCCCCCUCUUCCUUCUGGAGCGGCACUUCUCUCCGCAGGAGCUUGGCUUCUGGAACGGGAUUGUGGCCAUGGCCUUCUCCAUUGCAGGUUCCUCUCUGGGGGGCCAUCUGAUCUCUAGACGAAGGAAUCCCUUGCCUCUGCUGAAGACCCUGCUCAUAGUCCGUUUCUGCAGCCUGACCAUCCAGACACUCCUGGUGGCCUUCUAUCAAGACAAAGUGACUUUCUUCGAAGUGGCCGCUGUGUUGAGCAUCUGUGUCCAGCACUUGAUCGCAGGGCUGAUCACCACCGUCACAUUCAGCUUGAUGAUGCGUUGCUCUCAAAAGGCAAAGGAUAGCAUACAGGCCACUCACUACAGCUUUCUUGCCACCCUGGAAGUGCUGGGCAAAUUGGUGUUUAGCACCCUGGCAGGUACCCUGGUGGACUGGCUGGGGUUCAUGAGUGCCUUUGGCGUCUUCCUGACCCUCUCCUUCACCUCCGUCUUGUACAUGCUCAGAAGAUGACAGCCAGCCUUUGGAAAACGACUGCAGGGAUGAAAAGGAGGGGAUGGUCUUGUCAUCUGGAGAGAGAGAAAUAGAGAUGCCCUAGGAGCCUUCUUAGGAUCUCUACAGCCCCAGAAUAAAGGCGUGUGGCAAUCCUGCAGCCCUUAGGACGGACGUGGAACAUUAAAUCCCACCCUUCAUAAACUUUGCCAAUCCUCAGUAAAGAGAAAGGCAGGCUUUAUAUCUUUAUUUUAGGGAGGGAAGGAACCUCAGAGAGGAAAGACCUUGCCAUCUGGGCUAUAUAUACAGUACUCUUAAACACAGCCACUCAGAACCUGGGGAUGCCCCUUGAGUCCUUUUCAACUUUUUAUUGAAAUAUAAAAUUUAUUAGAGAGGUAUUUUGUAAGCUGCCCCAGGGACCUUUAGAAGUGCACAGUGUCAAAGAAAUAAAUGAUAUU